AGUUUUGUUUACUUCAUUUCAGUAAUAUGUCAGUAAUUUCGGUAAUUUCCUUCAAUUUUCGGUUUUCGGGUUUUUGUGGGUUUUAAAAACAAGAAAUUCAUAAAGUUAGUGUUUCUGGAGAUAUAAAUUAACUCCAAACAAACACAUCAACUAACUUCUAGUUAUUUUCAUUACGGUUAUUAACAUUAAAAGCAUAUGGCUCAUACAAUAUUACUGGUUCAACCAGGACCAAAUCCGGAGACACGGACGUAUUCUGAUUAUGAAUCUAUUAAUGAAUGCAUGGAAGGCGUUUGCCGAAUCUACGAAGAACAUCUCAAGAGGAGGAAUCCUAAUACACCAACAAUAACGUACGAUAUUUCACAAUUAUUUGAUUUUGUCGACCAACUAUCAGACUUGAGUUGCUUGGUUUAUCAAAAAUCGACCAACACAUAUGCCCCAUAUAAUAAAGACUGGAUAAAAGAGAAAAUCUAUAUAUUGCUUCGACAAGCGGCAGGACAUGGGUUAUAGGUACCUAGUUUAAUUUUGUAUUUUUUUUUUGUAAUUCCCAGAAUAGGGCUUUUUAUGUUACAAUAUCAGUUUAAACUACAAGUUUUGUAAGAGAUAUUAAAGUAAUACAUUUAUUUUCAAUG